CCAGUUGCCUUCAUCACAGCCUUUCUCUCUCACACACAUGGGUGUCCCACCCUGAUCUUUUUGAGUGAAACCACGAGCAGAAGCAGCAGCCUCUCUUUUUGAGAAGAAAAGGCUAGAGAACAACUCCUUUCCCUCCCUUCUCUUUACCCCUCUCUCAAACAAAAAAGAUUUAAACAAAAAAAAAAAACCCUAGUUCUGCUUAACUCUUACAAGGCUAAAAGCCAAAAGAAAGGCAAGAAAGAGAUUAAAAGAGAGUCCCCUCCCAGCAAAGUUUACUUUCAUUUUACCUCUCUUCUGCAACCAUUAGUUUGAUGAUCCCUGAGCUGUUAAUUCCUUUCUUUGCACAUACCCUUUUGCUCAAAGACAAAGUAAAAGCAAGCAAAGCACUGUCUUCUUUGCAGAUCAGAGCUUUAAAGACAACAUGGGUACUUUCUGAUAGCUCUGCUUCCGGAAGAUCUUCCUCUUUCUUCUCUCUUUUCCUUCUUUUUUUUUCCUUUCCUUUCUUCUCUUUUUUGUAUUACCUCAUGCUUCGUUUUGUAGCUUCCUUCUUAAAUGAGUCCGAGUGGUAAGUAAGCAAAAAAUCUCUUCUCUGAAACUCCUCACAUCUCUGUCUCCCUUUUACGUCUUUCCCUUUUUUUUUUUGGCUAUCUCCUGUCUGUCUGUCUUUUUUCCCCUUCUUUCUCAUGGAUUCUGGUAAUAGUGGUAGUAUGCCAUCUUCGAGUGGUGGCAGUGAAGAGUAUGAUUCACGCGCAGAGUCCAUCUCAGCUUUCUUGAACAAUAACUCAUCGAGCCAUGUUGGUCAUGGUCCCUUGGGAAACCAACCACCACCACCAGCACCACCGCAACAGCAACACCAGAGCCACUCUUCAUCAGCUAUGUUUGACCCUUUAUCGAACUACUUCGAUCAUCCUUUAUCAAGAUCACCGCAACUUACAACAAUUCCAAAUUCACUCCUCAAUCUUGAUGUGGUUUGGUCCAAAAAUCUAAGAUCUGAGCCCAAUUGCACUGAUCUUGGUGGGUUCAUAGCCUCGUCAUCACCAACCCAACAGUUGUUGACCAACCAGCAGGCACAAAGCAGAGCUACUUUUCCUUCUAUGCAGAUCCCUCAAGGACCAGAGAGCGCUACAAAAAGUUCAAUUUCAGGCACAGGUGACCAACCCAACAACAACAACAGCAACAUGGUGCGUAACCCAAAGAAGAGAUCCAGAGCUUCUAGGCGUGCACCAACAACUGUUUUGACCACAGACACCACCAAUUUCCGAGCCAUGGUUCAGGAGUUCACUGGGAUCCCUGCACCACCCUUCACGUCCUCACCUUUCCCGAGAACCAGGCUUGAUCUAUUCGGUACACCUUCCACUAUGAGAUCAACACCUUUAGACCCUUCACCUCCUCAUUAUCUUUUAAGACCAUUUGCCCAAAAAAUCCACCCUCCCCCGUUUGUUUCUUCUUCUACUGCUUCCUCCUCAUUUCCUAGCUCCUCGAUGGUCGAUGCUAUAGCUUCUACUCCUAGUACUAACAUCACUUCCGCAUCUGCUAGUAACAACAAUACUACUUCUAGUUCAACUUCCAUUAACUACCAACUGUCAUCCGAGUUAGGCCUUUUAAAGCAGCCUCAAAAUCUCCUCAACAUCAACAUGCAAAACCCAAUUCUUAACUUCCAAUCUCUCCUACAAGCCCCUCCAAAAUACCCGCUUCCCAAUUCAACCAUUCUCGGAACAAAACUGCAAGGGUCCUUAGAUAUUCCGUCAAAUGACUCUUCUCUCAAAAUGGGUGUUUUAGAAGAGUUUGGUUUGAGCCAUGGCCAUGUCAAUACCAACCUCAGCGGGCUCCAAAACAUGGUAUCAUCGGACGGGGCAUUGCCAAGAAAUGAUAGUAGUACUAAUCCUCCAAGCUGGGGAGAAGGAACAGGCUCCCAAGAACAUGAUCAAAGUCUCCUAAGGUCCAUCAAUGGCGGCUACAACAGUAACUCUCAGAGAGUCUCAAAUGGGAAAGUGAGCAACUUCUCGGCUUCUUCAUCGGACUUCCAUGGCGAUAAAGGGCCAGAAAAUGUAGCUGCAAGAAGUGAAGGUAUGGUGGAAUCAUGGAUAUGUUCCUCAGAUUAGGAGUAUCUAAAACGUUACCAAAAAUAAACCAAAAAAAGAAAAGGUUUCAAAAUGAGAAAAUCUCAACAAAGAAUAUCAAGGAAAUGAUGGUGAGUACAUCACAUGAUGCAUGAAAGAGAUGGAAUCUCUCUUGUUCUCUCGCAUAUUAACCAUGACUUUCGACAUAAUUGAAAACACUGUUUUUUUUUUCUUUCCUUUUUGUCUUUUCUUUUUUUCUCCCUCUUUUAAAGUUUAAACCUUCCCCUUUUAAUUUGAUCAUUGCUAUGUAAAUAAUAGUAGCCUCUCUCAAUAUAUAUUCUUUUUUUCCUUCUUUUAUUUGUCACAUUUUCUCAUAUUAUUAUGUUCUUCAUACAUGGACGAUCAUGGCCUUUUUUCAACGUUGUCGUCUCAACAGUACAAAAGUGAAUGGUAGUUGUUUAGUAUUCUUCUCAUUCCUUUGGAGAAAUUUCUUUUUAUUCAGUUUUCUUUUAUGGGGUUUUUGACUAUUGUAAGGUUCAGAAUGUGAAUGCAAAUAUCAGACAACGAAACCAUGAAACUUUGUGUUCUCUUCUCGGACAUUUUUUUUUAUUUCUUUUUUGGUUAUUUGCAACAAAGAGGGGAAAAAAUGCAAUAAUUUACUGUAAGAGAGCACUAUGGCCUGGAGUUUUGUCCGGUUUCUUCGUAUCAUUUAUCCAACUCUGAAUUUUUAUUU